AUGCCCACCGCCGCCGCCGCCGCCGCCGUAGUCCUCGACCCCGCGACCCACGCGCACACGUUCGACGCGAUCGUAUCGUCGCUACAGCACAACGACCUCCUGUCCCUGCGCGCCGUGUCGUCCAGCCUCCGGUGCGGCGUGGACGCCUUCCUCGCGCGACAUGUCCGCCUGUCAACGACUCUCUCAACAGCCAGCGGCGCGCGGCUCCCGUUCCUCCAACCACUUGGGGACAUGAGCGAGCCCGUUCCCCUUGCCGUCGUGUUGCGCGCGACCACGGCCCUAGCAGCAACCCGCGCCGUCACCUGCGCCGAGCAGCCGUUCGGCGGCGUGGCAGUCGCAUACGUCCACCUGCUUGCCGUGCCGGCACUGCACGCCGUCCCGAUCGUGCGGGCACGCGACUGCGCGUACCCGCCGCUCGUGGCGCGCACGCUCGCAGCCUUCACGGCGUUCAAGAUGCCCGAGUAUCCGCCCUCGCUGCCGGACAACGCGCUCUGGCGGCCCCGCAUGCGCGCGCCCGUGCCCUUCGUGCACCGGGGCGUCGAGAAGCUCGUCCUCAACGUCAAGUAUGCCGCGUUCUGGGAGCUCGGGGUGGCGUUUUCGAGCGUGGACAGCUUCAGCCACCCGCCGAGCCUGCGCCGCGUUGUCGUGCUGUUCCACCGGCGCGCGCGCGGCGCCGCGCCCCUCCAGAUGCCGCCGCGCCGCCGGGGCGCCUUCUCGAGCGUGCACCAGCUCCCGGCGCUCGUGGCGACCUCGCCCGAGGGGUUUCCCGGCACGUCGAACCCCAGCCUGCUCGACAGCUUGGUCGCCGGUGCCCUGGGGGCCUUGCUGCGGGGCGUGCGGUACACGCUCGUCGAUGUCGACAAGUGGUCCCCCGAGUGGCUGCACACGGCCUCGCUGGACGACUAUGACGGCGGGGAGAAGCUCUCGCUGCAGGAACGACUGCUCGGCACGGUGGCGAGACGCGGUGCCGCGCUGGGUUGGAAUCCUGCCCAGGUUCGCUCGGCCCAAGCGAGCCUCGAGUUUGUGAGCUCCGAGCAGUACCGUGCCGAGGUUGGCGCGAGCGUCUUUGCGUACGAGACGAGAGAGGAGGCUGCGUAG